AUUUGAUUCAUAAAAAUUUUUGCUCAUUCAUUUAUUUAUCAUCAUUAAUAAUAAGUGGCAAAAAACAAACUCCUCACUUCCAUUAAACGACAACCAAUCAUCAUAUUGUCACAUCAGAUUUUAAUGUUUUUGGAUAAUCUUACGCACCGUGUCAAUAAUCUAUAUAUUUUGUUCAUUAAAUCGAUUGUUAUUGUUUUUUUUAUAUAUCGUCUGUCUUAUUCUGUUUUCGAACGAUUUAUUAUUGCAAAACAAAUAUAUAAACGAAAACCUGUGUAUUUUCAAGACCAAUCAAUCAAUCAAUCAUUAUGGGUUGUUCAAAUUCUAAAUCAAGCGUCCAAUUGACCGAUGAAGAUGUACAAUUUUUGAUGAAGAAUACAAAUUAUUCGGAAAAAGAAAUACGUGAUUGGUAUAAAGGCUUUCAAGUGGAUUGUCCGGAAGGAAAACUUUCACGUGAUAAAUUCAUUGAAAUCUAUAAAGUAUUCUUUAAAGGUGGUAAUCCAGAAAAAUUCUGUCAACAUGUUUAUCGUACAUUCGAUGAAGAUGGUAAUGGUUGGAUUGAUUUUAAAGAAUUUUUACUUGCUAUCGGUAUCACCACAAGUACUAAUCCACGUGAAAAACUUAAAUGGGCAUUCAAAAUGUAUGAUAUUAACAAUGAUGGUCUUAUAGAAUUGGAUGAAAUGACUAAAAUUAUUAAGGCGUUACAUGAAAUGUUGGGCGAAGAAGCGGCUAGCUCAUUCGAAGGUGAAGAAGCAGCCGAACGUAUAAAGGAUAUAUUUGAAAAAAUGGAUGCCAAUAAUGAUGGAAAAAUAUCGUUGGAAGAAUUUCUUGAAGUUUGUAACAUUGAUGAUGGUCUUGCCAAAUUAUUGUCACUUUCGGGUGAUGCUUAAUUCAACUAUCGAGAAGAAUUGUAAAUUUUUCUUUCAUCUAUUUUAUAUCUGCCCUUAAUCUCUAUAUAUUGAUGACCAAAAA